CCAAUGGGACAGGGCUUGUGACCAGUGAAAGCUAAAAUAGGUCAACAAAAGUUUCAAUGAGCCUUGUCUGUUCCAUGGAAAGUUCGUUGGGACAAUAUUGACAUUGUACAGUAGGCGUAGUAUAUUCGGCCAUUGCUAAGUCUAGUUUACCACAUUUGGACACCGUGCUGUAUCAACGAAAGGUGUAUAACUAAGGCUCCACCAGCCCUAAACAUAGGAGUAGACUUCCAAUUAAUCAUGGGGCAACAACAAGCUAAGCUGAAACCAGAGACCAUGGACGAGUUGGUGUCGUGUACGGAGUUCAGCGAAGAUGAGCUACAAGAAUGGUACAAGGGCUUCAGGAAGGACUGUCCAAGCGGAACAUUAAACAAAGAUGACUUCAAAGCCGUCUACGUCAAUUUCUUUCCUUAUGGUGACGCGUCUAAAUUCGCUGAGUACGCAUUUAGGGCGUUUGAUACGGACGCUGAUGGCGUCAUCAACUUCAGGGAGUUCAUGUGCGCGCUGAGUAUAACGACGCGUGGCAAACCAGAACAGAGGCUCAAAUGGGCGUUCAACAUGUAUGAUAUUGACAACAAUGGUUACAUCUCUAAGGAGGAAAUGGUCGAAAUUGUCUCGGCCAUCUACAGAAUGGUAGGAGGGGUGAGCCAACUCCAAAAAGACGAGGCCACUCCACAAAUGAGGGUGGAAAAGAUGUUUAAAAGUAUGGACCGAAAUUCGGAUGGAAAUCUCUCUUUAGCGGAGUUCAUAGAAGGUGCCAAACAGGACUCGUCUAUUAUCAAAUUACUUGAGGGCAAAACCAAAUAGACGGACUAUGUUUUUUGGUUCUAAAGACAGUUUCUUUUUGCAAUUCGGACCAGAGAAUGCAGACGGAAUUUAUAAGUGAGGAAAAGGGUAUAAGGCACAAUAUUGUCUUGUCAUGUGUUUAUAUCUUAGACCUUAGUUUAAUUUAUUACUGAGCAUUGCUUUUAUGCAAUGGAUGGCGAGAAAGAGAAUAAUCACUGGAAAUAUAUUAAAUGAUAAUUACAUGUAAUAAACGUCUCAUUUCUAUCA